GACGCGUGGCGCGAUGGCGGCGUCCCUACGCGCGUGCCGGCGACGCUGGCGGCCGCUCCCGGCGUCGCUGCUGCUGCUGCUUCUGGCGCUGCCGCCGCCGGGGGGCCCGCCGGGCGCCACCGCCUACUUCCCCGAGGAGCGCUGGAGCCCCGAGUCGCCGCUGCAGGCGCCGCGCGUGCUCAUCGCGCUGCUGGCGCGCAACGCGGCCCACGCGCUGCCCGCCACCCUGGGCGCCAUCGAGCGGCUGCGGCACCCGCGGGAGCGCACGGCGCUGUGGGUGGCCACAGACCACAACUCAGACAACACAUCAGCUGUGCUGCGGGAGUGGCUCGUGGCCGUGAAGAGUCUGUACCAUUCUGUGGAGUGGCGGCCGGCGGAGGAGCCCAGGUCCUACCCAGACGAGGAGGGCCCCAAGCACUGGUCUGACUCCCGCUACGAGCAUGUCAUGAAGCUGCGCCAGGCGGCCCUGAAGUCGGCCCGGGACAUGUGGGCUGAUUACAUUCUGUUCGUGGAUGCAGACAACCUGAUCCUCAACCCCGACACGCUGUCCCUGCUCAUCGCUGAGAACAAGACGGUGGUGGCCCCCAUGCUGGAUUCCCGGGCCGCCUACUCCAACUUCUGGUGUGGGAUGACUUCCCAGGGCUACUACAGGCGCACGCCUGCAUACAUCCCCAUUCGCAAGCGCGAGCGCCGCGGCUGCUUCGCAGUGCCCAUGGUGCACUCGACGUUCCUCAUCGACCUGCGGAAGGCGGCCUCCAGGAACUUGGCAUUCUACCCUCCCCACCCGGACUACACCUGGUCCUUCGAUGACAUCAUCGUUUUUGCCUUCUCCUGCAAGCAGGCAGAGGUGCAGAUGUACGCGUGCAACAGGGAGGUGUACGGCUUCCUGCCCGUGCCGCUGCGGGCGCACAGCACCCUCCAGGACGAGACCGAGAGCUUCCUGCACGUGCAGCUGGAGGUCAUGGUGAAACACCCACCAGUGGAGCCCUCCCGGUUCAUCUCAGUGCCCACCAAGAUGCCUGACAAGAUGGGCUUUGAUGAGGUCUUCAUGAUCAACCUGAAGCGGCGGCAGGACCGGCGGACACGCAUGCUGCAGGCGCUUAGGGCGCAGGAGAUCGAGUGCCGGCUGGUGGAGGCUGUGGACGGCAAGGCCAUGAACACCAGCCAGGUGGAGGCGCUGGGCAUCCAGAUGCUGCCUGGCUACCGGGACCCCUACCACGGGCGGCCCCUCACCAAGGGGGAGCUGGGCUGCUUCCUCAGCCACUACAACAUCUGGAAGGAGGUCGUUGACCGGGGGCUGCAGAAGUCGCUGGUGUUUGAGGACGACCUGCGCUUUGAGAUCUUCUUCAAGAGGCGCCUGAUGAACCUCAUGCGGGAUGUGGACCGGGAGGGUCUGGACUGGGACCUCAUCUAUGUGGGCCGGAAGCGCAUGCAAGUGGAGCGUCCCGAGAAGGCCGUGCCCCGAGUGAGGAACCUGGUGGAGGCCGACUACUCCUACUGGACGCUGGCUUACGUGCUCUCCCAGCAAGGCGCCCGCAAGCUGCUGGCUGCCCAGCCGCUCGCCAAGAUGCUGCCCGUCGACGAGUUCCUGCCCGUCAUGUUCGACAAGCACCCAGUGUCCGAGUACAAGAGCCACUUCUCCCCCCGCAACCUGCGCGCCUUCUCCGUGGAGCCCCUGCUUGUCUACCCCACACACUACACGGGGGACGAUGGGUACGUGAGCGACACAGAGACCUCGGUCGUGUGGGACAACGAGCACGUCAAGACCGACUGGGACCGUGCCAAAUCCCAGAAGAUGCGGGAGCAGCAGGCCCUGAGCCGCGAGGCCAAGAACUCAGAUGUGCUGCAGUCGCCGCUGGACAGUGCGGCCCGUGAUGAGCUCUGAGGGGCGGCCGCCCCAGGCCUGGCCUCUGCCUGCUCACCAGGGACAGCGGGGACCCUGUGGAGCCCUGGCAGGCCACAAGGGCUCUCCAGGCAGGGCAGCAGCCUGCCCGUUUUCGCUCAGCAAUCACAUGCACGCAGGCAGCAUUAAUGGAGUGCCUACUGUAUGCCAGGAACAGGGCUCGGCACUGGGGCAUUGGGUGGGAGCAAUCCAUCGUUCAGCUCUUCGUGCGCUCGAAACUUUUCAAGCAUUUACUGUGUACCGGUUUCCUGUGCUUUGGCAGCAAAUGAUGCGUUCUUAUCCCCUCAGUCACUGAUUGAUUCAGUCAUCAGGCAUUUAUUGCUUCCCCCAAGAGUCAGGCACUAGUGUAUGCAUUCAUUUUUUAAAUUAAUUCAGGUAUUUAUUGAGUGCCUACUGUAUAUGGAGCACCACUCCAGGCUUGGGGAAUAUUGAGAUAAACAAGACAUUUUAACAUUUAUUCAAACCCGUUGAGCACCUACCAUGUACCUGGUACCUGUGAUGCAAAGACAAGUUCUUAUUGACUCUGCACUUAUUGAGUGCCUGCUGUGUGCUGGGAGCUGAGCUCAGAGUUGGGGAUGGAAGGAAACAAGGUGCUUCUUGGUCUAAUUGGUUUCUGCCCCACAUGUCUGAAGAACACUGAGUGUGCACCAGGUGUUAGUGACACAAAACACUGCCAGUGCUCACUCAGCGUUCCUCACCCACGUGCUGGGCCACAGAGAUGAACAUGACGAGUCCUUUCAUUUCUUCAUGCAGCAGGCAUUGAUUGAAGGCCUACUGUGUACCAGACCUCAUGGACCCCCAGUGGGGUUGGAGAAAAGCUGACUGAGUUCCGUUCUCCCUCGUUCCCCAGUCACCUGAGCUGAGUGCAGACAACAUCUUGCCACCACCCAGGAGGGGGGUGACUUCCCUCGCCAGGGGCAGUGGUGGGUCCCAGCAACCACACGGCCUCAUGCGAGCCCCCUGGACCCAGCCCCGCUGGAGGGGGCGAGGGAUGCAGAUGGCGGCUGGGGCUCCCGUGCCCACUCCGGCUGUGGGCUUGACCUCCCGGCCUGCGUCUCAGCUGUGCUCUGGGGCUGCUCAGGGGCUCCUUUGUCCGAGCCUGUGGCGGCCUCACGUGUCCGGGCUGCCCAUGGCCUCGGCAGUGUCCCCAGCACAGGCCGCAGGACUUGCUGUGCCUUCAGCAGGAUGAAUGUCGGAGCCGGCAGGCCGGGCUUCACUCUCUUAGGGGUCACUGCUCGCCGGGCCGGGUCCUAGAUGACUCGCCUAUUUUUUUAUUAAAUGUUCCUGGUUAAUUUUGA